AUGCUAUCGUCUACGAAAAAAAAGGUAAAAUCAUGGAAAACGAAAGCUAGGACUGGUGGAACACGAAGGAAAAUUUUACAAGAAUAUAAUUCUUUUAUGACUGCUAAAAAGGCGAUAUGCAAAACUCAAGAACAGCAGCAGAAACAUCAAGAAUGUUCUUCAAAUAAUGGCGUUGAUUCCGUACCAUUUUUUAUUGAAACUAAUAUUAUAAGGGAGACGUAUAGCUCAAAUCAAAGUGAUUUAGAAUGUGAAAGUGACUUAGAACAAGAAAUUGAAGAUUCUGUGAAACAGUCUGCAUAUCGUGAAAAAAUCAGCAUGUGGGCUAUAGAACAAAACAUUACUCAUUCAGCGUUAAGGGAGUUGGCAAACAUCACUAAUGAAUUAAUUCCAAACGUACUACCAAGCGAUCCCAGAACUAUUUUAAGCACACCCAGAGAAGUAAAUAUUAAAACAAUAGAAGGGGGCCAUUUUUUUUUUAAUAAAUAA